GAAGCGAAGCUCCCCUCACCCCCACAAUGCGCACCGUAUCAUUCUCCGCGAGUGAAUAGUUAAAUACUCGGUUUCCCAAGCAUUUUUGUGCUCAAGCUCUCUCAUCUUCUUAAUUUGCUAUCUUGGACCUUCGUUUUCCCACCGUAGUUUCUCUCUUUCUCACUUCCCGAAACCGAGUUCUUCUUUUCAGAAGAAAAGCGACUUUUUCUUGCCGUAUCGUACUCUAUACACGACUCAAUAUGACGGUGAAGCCUCUCAACGAGUCUGACGAACGAGUUUCUAAUCCCUUCCAGAAACCGGAGUUCUCUUCGCCGUCGGAUCUUGCCGGAAAGAAAGCUUCCGAGGGAGGCGUGGAUCGCAGCUUGUCGGUUUUAAAGUCGAAGCUGUGUACGGAAUCGGAGACGGACCAGGAGAGUGGAGGAUCGUCGGAGGAGAUGGAAUCGCCCAAAUCGGUGGGGCAAUGGAGGAGGAAGAAGUUGGCCUACGUGCACAGCCAGAUACUGAAGAUCAGAGAGGAGGACUCGCACCUUGGCGAGGACAUCUACGGGAGUCUCAGUGCCAAUGAUCAGGUCGCUAACGGCGUGAUUUCGCCCCUAGAUGUGGUGAUCUUCGCCAGACCGAUCUUGCCGUGCUCGCCUCUUGGUGGCAAGACAGCUGUCAAGGCUUUGCAUUGAGAGAUAAAUCACUAUCGAAGUUAGUUUUUUUCCUCUUCUUUCUCAAGCUUAUCAUUUCUAAAAUUUUGUCUCUGUUUUUACGACGCGGUGGUGCGAGAAUUUGAUACUAUUAUCAUAAAAUUCUUUAACCCGGAGAUUUUUCAUCUUGAAAUUGAUCUACAAAUUCUUGACGUCUUUUCCUUUUUCGGAUGAUUUUCUUGGCAUAGUGUUUCGAUGGUAAGAAAGCUAAUAAACAAUAAGGAAAUAAUCUUUCGAAUAUUUUUCUUUCUUAUUUGAUGACUAAUAAUUUAGGGAAAAAUUGAAAA